AUGGCGAAUCCAGUGAUCUAUAAGGACAAUCCGUUUAAUGUGUUGAUUAAUGACUCUCAUGAUGAUCCUACUCAGAUCCAAGCGCGGUACGAGACUCACCGCGUCAAUCGCAACGCCCAGCAAAGGGAAAAGAUCCUAGCCGACGAUUUCCCCGGCUGGACACUGGACACAAUCCUGCAACGUCUGGAUGGACCCGCCAAAGAAGAGGGAUUCGUCGAUCCCCGCAAUUGCCUCGUCUUUUGGGCGAGACCGCCACCGCAUAUUCGCCAAGUGGUUGCCUUUGUGCAGAACGAACUGAAAGCUGUUGCGCCAUCCCUUUGGCUCAUGCCCCAGCCAAACCUCCACACCACAGUCCUGGAGGUCGCCCACUCACUGACCGAGCCGGAAAUUGCACGCCUGGUGCAAACCCUCAAAUCAUCUGAAAAAGUCACCCAGCAAACCAUCUCCGACUAUCCACUCACCCACCAAAGCCGCCUGCUCAGGCCAAUGGUGAGCUUCGACGCUUCUGCUCUCGCAUUGAGCUUUGCCCCCGCCGCAGAGGAGAACCAGACUCAAAGCCACGGCGAGAGUUCUGCCGAACCUCUUGACCCGCGGUAUACAUACCAUCACCUGCGAAGAGACGUCUUUGAUCUAGUCCGGCAGACUGGCCUCCCCGUGGCGUCGAGGUAUAUUGCCCCCUCGGCUCAUGUGACGAUUGCACGAUUCAUCAACCAGGAGGGGUUUGAAGUUCAGGGGCAAGAUGGUGCGAAGAAGGUGGAUUCGGAGCGGGUGCAGAUGCUGAUGGAGAGGAUUGAGAGUGUGAAUGCGACUUUGCGGAGCAAGUAUUGGCCUCGGGAGGAUGGGAGCUGUGCGCGUGAGGGAGAGUGGAUUGUAGGUCAGGAGGGGGGAUUGGUGGUUCGAAGAGGUCGGCUUUGGUAUGGAGAUGGUGAGGAUGUAUGA